AUGCCAUGUGAGGGCUGUGGGCUGUCGGAGGCCGCGAUGCAGUGCCCGACGUGCAAGAAGUUGGACCUACCACCGAGUUAUUUCUGCACGCAGACGUGCUUCAAGGAUCACUGGGCCGACCACAAGCUGAAGCACACGCAGUCGGCGCUGCCUACGAUUCCCACCAUGACGGAUGCGGCGUUGAAUGCGUUCAACUUCACAGGAAGCUUGCGCCCUGGGCGAAUAACACCACGUCGUGCGGUGCCCUCGCACAUUCCCCGGCCCGACUACGCGGAUCGCGCCGACGGCGUCUCCAACGCAGAGGAAAAGGACCGAGGGUCAAAGGUGAAGCUGUACAACCUUCAAAGUCUGCACGACGACACUAAAGAGACGACGGAAAUUCAACGGGUGAAAACGGUGUGUCGUCUCUCGCGCGAAGUGCUUGAUAUCGCCACCGCGGCUGUGCGUCCCGGUGUGACGACAGACGAGAUUGAUCGUAUUGUUCACGAGGCCACUGUUGAGCGGAACAUGUACCCCUCCCCACUAAAUUACUAUAACUUUCCCAAGUCUGUUUGCACCUCUGUAAACGAGGUGAUUUGUCAUGGCAUCCCUGAUUCGCGGGAACUGCAGGACGGGGAUAUUGUGAAUAUUGACGUCUCAAGCUAUCUUAACGGGUUUCACGGGGAUUUGAAUGAGACUGUGUUUGUGGGUAAACCGGACAGCGAUAGUGUGCGCCUUGUGCACUGCGCGUAUGAAUGCCUGUGUGCUGGUAUCAAUGUGGUGAAGCCAGAGGCGCUCUAUAAACACGUUGGCGAUGCUAUUGAAGCCUGCGCUGAACAGUAUGGUUGCUCCGUUGUACGCACCUACACGGGUCACGGUGUUGGACAUCUCUUUCACACGGCUCCUACGGUAUGCCACUACGCAAAUAACAAGAGCCUUGGAAUGAUGCGCCCCGGGCACGUUUUCACCAUUGAGCCCAUGAUUAAUUUGGGCACGUGGCAGGACGUGACUUGGCCAGACAACUGGACAAGUACCACACGCGACGGAAAGCGCAGCGCGCAGUUUGAGCAUACGAUGGUUGUCACCACCGACGGCGUAGAGCUCCUUACCGACUGGACUGACGGCAUUCCGACGUAUCAGAAACAGCUGGAGGGCUGGAAUAUACCUCUUCCGCCCCCUAGCCGUGGCGUGGCGAAGUAG